AUGAAUUGCCCAAUAUUUUUAUGGAGAAUUUAUAAAUAUAUAGUGCAUUUAUUUACAGGAAGAUCAGAAAUUGAAAGAAUAUGUUACAAUAUUGAAUUAAAAUCAUUAGAUAGAUUAGCGUUAAUUGAAACUAGUGUAGACUAUUCAAAACAACUUGUUCAUAUAAAAAAAGAUAUGAAAUCAGAAUUUGAUCCAGGUGAUGUUGCAAUUAAAAUAGUAGAAAUUAAAGGUUUUAAUCAAGAAUUAUUAGCAUUUGAUUCAAUAAUUUUACCAAAUUUAAUAUCAGCAUUGGAACCAAUUAGUUUAUUCCAAGGAUUAAAGAAAUCAAUAGAAAAAAAACAAAAGAUACCAUAUGAUAAUAAUAAUCUUGAGCAUGAGGCAUCAUUAGAGAGAUUAUGGGAGGCAUUAUUACCAGAUGUUAGAAGAUCUGCUAGAUUAUCUAAAGAAUGGGGCACUUUAGGAUUUCAAGGUAUGGAUCCAGCUACUGAUUUUAGAGGUAUGGGUAUAUUGGGUUUAGACAAUUUAAUUUAUUUUUCUACUCAACAUUCUGAAGAUGCAAGAGAAAUUUUAAAAAAUUCAAAUUCAAAAUGUUGUUAUCCAUUUGCAAUUACUGGUAUCAAUAUUACUGCAUUAGUUUUAAAUUUAAUUGAUAAACCUCAUUUUAAAAUUUACUUUUUUAAAAAUGGUUCCACUCUUACUCAAUUUAAUGAACUUUAUUCUCUAGUAUUUAUAUCAUUUGACAGAUUUUACCAAAGUAAAAAACCAAAAUCAAUUAUGGAGUUUAAUACAAUUAAAAAAGAAUUUGAAACAAAAAUUAGUCAAAAUUCUGAUCUUGUUCAACUAUUACGUAAUUAA